UUUCCUGCUGGUCGGGUCUUGUGAGUUUGGGCGGAAGUGAGCGGCGGAGUUAAUGCGCGAGACACAGCAGAUAAACAGCACUAAAAUGAAAUAAAUACCAAAUCUGAGAAUAUAAGGAUCUACAACAUCAAAGAAUGAAAGAGUCACUCUGUGGAGAUUUAAAAUGACUUUUCAGACUCAAGGACGAUCGUCUGUUUGAUUGACAGGCGUGUUUUAGGCAUGUGGUGGUUUCAGGAGGGUUUGUGCGUCUUGCCUGCGGCGCUGGUCAUCUGGACCGCCGCCACCUUCAUCUUCGCUUAUAUCACGGCCGUCCUCCUGAGACACGUGGACCCGCUGGUGCCCUACAUCAGUGACACGGGGACGGUGGCGCCGGAGCGAUGCGUGUUUGGACUCAUGCUGAAUGUGUCUGCGUUUUUAGGUGUCGCUACGAUGUACGUGCGCUAUAAGCAGCUUCAUGCCCUCAUGGACGUGAACGACACCUGUCUGAACCGCCUCAAUCUGUUUGGGUUCGUUCUGGGCUGCGGAAGUUCGCUGGGGAUGUGCGUCGUCGCAAACUUCCAGAAAACCACUCUGUUCGCGAUGCAUCUGGUGGGUGCCAUGCUGACGUUCGGCGUGGGUGCUCUGUACAUCCUGGUCCAGACGCUGCUGUCGCAUCGCAUGCAGCCGCACAUCCACAGCAAAAACAUCUUCUGGACGCGGAUGAGCGUCUGCAUCUGGACCUUCUCCAGCAUCAUCAGCAUGUUUGUGUCGUCGGUCAUCAUGUACUGGACUCUGGCAGGAACCGAGGUCAACCAGAAGCUGCACUGGACGCCUGGAGAACCCGGUUAUCUGCCACACAUCGUCAGCACUAUCUCUGAAUGGUCUCUCGCUCUGUCCUUCAUCAGCUUCUUCCUCACCUACAUACGAGACUUCAAGAAGAUCAACCUGCGAGCGGAGGCGCAGCUCCAGAGCGAACACCUGUAUGAUUCGCACCACACUCGGCAUUCAGAGACGUCUCCGCUGCUCGCCGGCAGCAUCUGACGAGGAGAAGACGCUCCAGACGAGGAGCAGAGACUGACAGGCUCCAGCAGAGGACACUCCAAGCUCUGGAAACUUCAUACUAACAUUUAGACAACGUUUGUACAACAUUCACACAACUAACUAUUGCUCUAACUAAAGCAUUUAUUAAUCAAAUACAGUAGGGGCCUGUUUCAUAAAACAAGUUUGCUAAAUAAGCCAGGCUUAAAUCAGCUAGUCUGACUUAACGUCAGUUUAUUUGGUACUAAAUAAGUCGGGCUAACUGAAAUAAGCCUGGCUUAUUUGUGUAAACUUGUUUUAUGGAACAGGCCCCAAGUUUAUAUCAGUUAGUCUGACUUAUUGUCAGUUUAUUUGGUACUAAAUAAGUCGGGCUAACUGAAAUAAGCCUGGCUUAUUUAUGUAAACUUGUUUUAUGGAACAGGCCCCAAGUUUAUAUCAGUUAGUCUGACUUAUCGUCAGUUUAUUUGGUACUAAAUAAGUCGGGCUAACUGAAAUAAGCCUGGCUUAUUUAUGUAAACUUGUUUUAUGGAACAGGCCCCAAGUUUAUAUCGGUUAGUCUGACUUAUCAUCAGAUUAUUUGUUACUAAAUAAGUCGGGCUAACUGAAAUAAGCCUGGCUUAUUUAUGUAAACUUGUUUUCUGGAACAGGCCCCAAGUUUAAAUCGGUUAGUCUGAUUUAUCGUCAGAUUAUUUGUUACUAAAUAAGUCGGGCUAACUGAAAUAAGCCUGGCUUAUUUGUGUAAACUUGUUUUAUGGAACAGGCCCCAAGUUUAUAUCAGUUAGUCUGACUUAUUGUCAGUUUAUUUGGUACUAAAUAAGUCGGGCUAACUGAAAUAAGCCUGGCUUAUUUGCGUAAACUUGUUUUAUGGAACAGGCCCCAAGUUUAUAUCAGUUAGUCUGACUUAUCGUCAGUUUAUUUGGUACUAAAUAAGUCGGGCUAACUGAAAUAAGCCUGGCUUAUUUAUGUAAACUUGUUUUAUGGAACAGGCCCCAAGUUUAUAUCGGUUAGUCUGACUUAUCAUCAGAUUAUUUGUUACUAAAUAAGUCGGGCUAACUGAAAUAAGCCUGGCUUAUUUAUGUAAACUUGUUUUCUGGAACAGGCCCCAAGUUUAAAUCGGUUAGUCUGACUUAUCGUCAGAUUAUUUGUUACUAAAUAAGUCGGGCUAACUGAAAUAAGCCUGGGUUAUUUAUCUAAAUUUAUUUUAUGGAACAGGCCCCAAGUUUAUAUCGGUUAGUCUGACUUAUUGUCAGAUUAUUUGCUACUAAAUAAGUCGGGCUAACUGAAAUAAGCCUGGCUUAUUUGUGUAAACUUGUUUUCUGGAACAGGCCCCAAGUUUAAAUCGGUUAGUCUGAUUUAUCGUCAGAUUAUUUGCUCCAGGUUUAUUACACUUCUUGUUUUAUGUUGUAAAAAUGUUGGAUAAGUUUUAUGGUCUGUUCUAGAAAUAUUUUAACUGUAAAACCUUCUGUGAUUAUUAAAGUUGGUGGGUGAGUUUUAUGUAA